AUGAACCAGCUGGCAUCUUCUGCCACCAAUCACCCGGACACGGCCAAUGGUCUCCAAAGCAUCUUAUCCGGAAAUUCUUUCUUUAGUGCAGGAAUAGGUUUGAUGGGCUUUGGAGCGGGUUUGGCAAUCUUACGGCGUGGAGUCAUGUCUGGGGCAGGUCUCAUAAAACGAAGAAUGUUGGUCUCUCUGGAAAUCCCAAGUAAAGAAAAAAGCUACAAUGCGUUCCUUCAUUGGAUGGGAACGGUCCCAAAGCGCUACUCAAACCAGCUUGCCGUUGAAGCAAGAGGAAGCGCCAAAAGUAUUUUCCAUCCUCCCACUCGUUCAUCCAAGCAACCCACCCCCAGCAGUCUCUUCCAACUCGUUCCCGGACCAGGAAAGCACAUUAUUAAAUACAAAAAGUGCUGGAUUCAAGUCGAGCGCCAGCGAAGCAGCCGGCUACAAGAUCUGACGACCGGCACUCCAUGGGAAACCAUCACGCUUACUACAUUAUCCAGAGAUCGAGAAAUUUUCUCUGACAUGCUUCUGGAAGCUCAAAAAUUUAUGCAUACUGCUCAAAAAAACAAAACCACAAUAUACACAGCAUGGGCUACUGACUGGAAGCCAUUCGGAUCACCAAGAUCCAAGCGUCUUUUAUCCAGCGUUGUUUUGGAAAAGGAUGUAAAAGAUCUGAUUACUGAAGAUGUCCGUGACUUUUUGGGUAACUAUCAAUGGUAUGCUGACCGAGGUAUACCCUACCGCCGUGGAUACCUCCUAUACGGCCCGCCGGGAAGUGGAAAAACUUCUUUUCUGUACGCUUUGGCCGGUGAACUGGAUUAUGAUAUAUGUGUUUUGAAUCUUGCUGAACGAGGCUUGAGUGAUGACAGACUCAAUCACUUACUCUCCAAUGUUCCUCCGAAAUCAGUUGUUCUCCUAGAGGAUGUUGAUUCUGCUUUCCAAGGAAGAGAUCGUUCCGGCGAAGUUGGAUUUCGUGCCAACGUCACGUUUAGUGGUCUUUUGAACGCAGUUGACGGCGUAACGUCUGCAGACGAACGAAUUAUAUUUAUGACAACAAAUCAUCCAGACAUACUUGAUCCCGCUUUGAUACGUCCUGGCCGUGUCGAUAUCAAAGCAUAUUUGGGCAAUGCCACCCCUCAGCAGGUGCACGAUAUGUUUCGUAGAUUCUAUGGAAAAGAUGAUCCCAAGCUGUCGUCAGAAAUAAGUGAAGUUGUAUGUGGAAAGAACACGAGUAUGGCUUCCCUGCAAGGUCUAUUUGUUAUGAACAAAACAUCGCCAGAGGCGGCACUGGAACUUGCAAAAGAGCUUCCUCAGCUUCCAAAGAGUACGCCCUUUGCAUUCAACUCUCAGAAAAAACCUCUCUCCGUCUAA